GCAGUAAUUAGGCUGCUCCAGGGUUUGUAGGAGACUGCUAGCGACAACAACCGCAAGUUCCUAGUGCUUUACUUUUCCUUCGAGCCCACCAGACCGAGAAAUGCACAUUUGCCGCCAUGCUACUCUUGUUGAUUUGGCAAGUGGCUCGCCAGGGCGAAGUGGUCUUGGAGAUUGUGUACCGGCGUGUGAUGGAGGCCGACCAGCGCACAGUCCGGUCUGUUUCUUUGCUACGCGGCCUUGCCGAGAUGGCCCUGAAAGUACAAACUUUCUGUUUCGUUGCUGUGGACGGGCUUGAUGAAUGCGACGGCUCACACUUGGGACCUGAGGACGCGCAAGAGGAAGUGGCUUGAGUCGCUUAUGAACGGCCCAGGCUACGACCCUGACGCUGGAAGAGACAGGGCCGACAAAGGUGACGGUUCUAUAGGCAGAUUUUGGACCUGGUAAUCUGUGCUGAGCGCCCGUUGUUCUGGAAAGAGAUCUAAAGCCGCUUUUG